UUGGUAUCUUUCAAGAGAGCUGAGUUAUUCUGGCGUUUUCUUCUCAUCGUUUUUCUUUACCUUGCUUUGUUUUCUGAGAACAGGAAAUCACAUCGAUGGAAAGAGGGCACAAUAAUACAAGAAGCCAUGGGAUGAAUGAGAGAGAAGACUAUGCUUCAAUUGAUAUUCAAGAAGAUUCUGACAUCCCACUGUCUGAUUCCAUGAGAGAAAUGAUAGAUGGCCUGCCUCCUCUGUCAAACGAUUGUUGUAUCUAUAGAGUACCCAAGAGAAUGCGUGAAAUAAAUGAAGAUGCUUACACACCUGGGGAGCUUUCCAUCGGUCCAUUUCAUCGUGGUAAAGAACACUUACAAGCCAUGGAAGAGUUUAAACCCAGAUACUUUCAGUCAUUCCUUAACCGGACUGAUCGCAUGACUUUGAAGAGUUGUAUAAGGGUGGCAAAGGAAUGGGAAGAAAAAGCUCGAAGUUAUUAUGCAGAAAGCAUUAAGCUUAGCAGUGAUGAAUUUGUUAAAAUGGUUCUUUUGGAUAGCAGUUUCAUCAUUGAGGUCAUUUGGAGAUGCAAAUUCUGUAUCGACCAAAACACCAGUUACUUAAAUAGGAAAAUUUGGAUGAGUAGUUUAGAACGAGACAUGAUCUUAAUUGAAAAUCAACUUCCCUUCUUUAUUCUUGAGGGUCUCAUGGAUUUAGCCUUCCCUCCUAGCCAGGGAUCCUCUUCCUUCCUCCAUCUUUCCAUCAACUACUUCGCAUAUUCUGGUAUUAUUUUAAGUGACAUGAAUGAGUCAAUUUCGAGUUCUGGAGUAAAGCAUUUUGUUGAUUUGCUGAGGUUGUGUUACUUACCAUCAUCUCUAAGGCCAUUGAAACCAUAUCAAGUGCAAUAUGUGCAGGUACCAACUGCAACAUAGCUUCACGGGGCAGGAAUGAAAUACAAGGGCUCAAGUAGUAAUCUCAAGCUUGACAUAAGACAUGCUAUGGGUGUUGGGAUUUAUAUGCCCUGGCAUAGCAAAUUCCUAUCUGGAUUGUAUUGACAUAUGUUCCUGACAUAUCUGAAAUAUUUAUGAUUUAUAUAAUUGGUGAAUUCAAUGUAUUAUGUUUCGAUUCACUAUGAAAUUGAUAGUGUCCAUUUAAUUACAAGAAAUAUUUAUAUAUAUGUAUGUGAUGACAAUCAAUGCAUGAUAUAUAAAUAGUAAUUAUAAAUUGUUCAUAGUCGGUAAUUAUGGAUGGACUCAUAAUUAAUUAAGACUUGAACUGGAUCCGCGUUAGGUUGAGAUAUAUUGCGAGAGCCGUCGUAUGCAAUUACUCCCUAU